AUGGGCUCAAGCUCAUUCCUCUCCCCUUCACCAUAUAACACGGCAUGGUUGGCAAUGAUUCCUGAUCCUCGCCGGCAUGAUGGUCCCAUGUUUAAAGGGUGUUUGAAUUGGGUGCUCCAUAAUCAAAAUGAAGAAGGGUUUUGGGGAGAUUAUGAUUAUGAAGAACAUGAAAUGUCCGAUGGAGGGGAGUGUCUUGCUUCAACCCUUGUUUGCAUGACUGUGCUCAAAAAGUGGAAUGUUGGUUCACCUUUGAUAGAGAAAGGAUUAAAGUUCAUUCAUGAGAAUGUGGAAUUGCUUCUUUUGAGAAACGGGCAUGGAAAGUUUCCUCGUUGGAUAGCUAUCAUCUUGCCUGGAAUGAUUGAUUUGGCACGUGCUGUUGGUUUGGAGAUCAUAUUCCAUGAAAGCACCGAAUGUGCCAUUGUAGAUUUAUUCCGCAAUCGACAACAAAUUCUCGAAAGGGAGAAACUUGUGGACAGGAACCAAUAUUACCCAUUGUUGUCAUAUCUUGAGGCAUUGCCUCCAACAUACAAAAUCAGCAAUGAAACCAUAUUGAAGCGUGUAGAUGGCGACGGCUCUUUAUUUCAAUCACCCUCUGCAACAGCAAGUGCAUACCUAUCCACUGGUCACAAAGCAUGCCUUGCUUAUCUUCAAUCUCUUGCUUCAAAUUGUGCUUCUAACGGCAUUCCAUCUAUAUAUCUCGUGGACGAAAAGCUUGCAAAACUUUCCUUGGUUUAUCAAUUAGUGAGACUAGGGUUGACCGAGUACUUUGACCGGGAGAAGGAUGAUAUUUUGGCACAAAUCUAUAGGAACUACAAGCAGGAAAAGCCAAUCACAAAAACAGUUCACUGGAUCGCCACCGAGCUAUACAAAGAUUGCUUGGAGUUCUGGCUUUUGCGCAUGCAUGGUUAUAUUAUUGAGCACGAACUGGGUCUUCCAUGGAUGGCUCGCCUAGACCACCUAGAACAUAGGAUGUGGUUGGAGGAAAAAGAUGCUUGUGUACUAUGGAUGGGAAAAUUAUCUUGGCAUAGGUAGUAAUGUCUUAAAAAGGAAAAUAUUCUGCAACUUGCUCUGCAGGACUUCGUACUGAGACAAUCUGCUUAUAGAAUGGAGCUUGAUGUAGUAAAAGGGUGGUCUGAAACAACCGGACUUAGCAAGAUGGAGUUCUGUCGAGAGAAGACAACAUACUCUUAUUUUGCUGUCUCCACUUCCAUUUCUUUACCUUACAACUCUGACAUGCGAGAAGUGGUUGCUAAGAGUGCGAUCAUAGUAACCGUUGCCGACGACUUUUUCGACGUGGAGGGUUCACUAGAGGAUCUAGAGAAGCUUACCAAUGCAGUUCAAAGGUGGGAUGGUGAAGGACUAAGUGGGCAUGCCGAGACCAUAUUCAAAGCCCUCGUUGAUCUCGUCACUGACUUCAGAGCGAAAUGCUUCAAACAAUCAGGGAAGGACAUCAAGAAAAACCUCCAAGAUAUAUGGAGUGAGACAUUUCAUUCAUGGCUCAUGGAAGCGAAAUGGAGCCGAAGCGGAGGUGCGCCUACUAUGCAAGAGUACCUUGAUGUGGGCAUGACAUCUAUCGCAACACACAUCUUAGUCCUUCCCUCUUCGUGCCUCGCGAGCCCCACGACCCCAUUGCAUCAGCUGUGGUCUAGCCCCUACCAGCCCAUCACCAAAUUGCUCAUGGUCAUCACUCGCUUAUUGAAUGACAUCCAAAGCUAUCAGAAAGAAGAAAAGCAAGGGAAAUUGAACUUUGUGCUGCUAUACCUAAAGGAAAACCCCCAGGCUAGCAUUGAGGACUCCAUCAACUUCGUGCAACAUCUGCUAGACCAACUGAAGAAAGAGUUCCUCCAACACGUCCUUGAGGAGCCCUGCAGCUUACCUAAACCGAGCAGGCGGCUCCACCUCGGGUGCUUGAAAGUGUUCCACAUGUUCUUCAACUCCUCUAACCGCUACGACUCAGACAUGGACAUGUUUCACGACAUCCAGAAAGCACUCGUAGUCCCACCACGAGUCCCCAAACUGAAGUCCCCGAUGCCUUUGCCGGAGCAACCGAGACCGAAGCCACGGGUGUCUGUGACCAAGGACCUGUCCGGUCAAUUCAGACUCGGGCGUUUUCCUAGGAAGAGCUUUGUUGGGUGUCAAAUGCCUUCCCAUAGUGGUCCAGCGAAUAGAUGGGAGAAGAUGUACAAGUUAUCUAGUUUUAAGUUAUGUUUCGCUUAG